AUGUCGUUUUCUUGUUUUCUCCUUGAAUCUCUUCCUCAUUCUCGCUCUCAAGCACAAACUGAAUCUCCAGCUCAAAUGGAGGACGAGCUGCACGGCACCAUGCACUCCACGACCCCGCAUCAUGCCUUGGAUGCACCCUCAAACUCAACCACAACUUCAACACCACAAUUCCAAACAUUAACUUCAUCACCAUCCUCCCCCCUCCAAACAUUCCACCUCUUCCCCCUCCUCCCCACCGAACUCCGCCUCAAAAUCUACACCUACGCCCUCCCGCCCCCAACCCUCCACACAAUCUCCCUCCCAACCUGCCCCUCAACCUGUCCCAUCCCGUCCUGCCCGCGCCAGCACGCUCCCAGAACCCUCUCCUCUCUCCCAGUCCUCCUACACAUCUCCCACGAAUCCCGCACAGAAUGUCUCCGCCACUACACCGUGCUCUCCUCUCCGCUCGGAAAAGGUUUUCAUCAGGCAUUCGAUUCCCGAAGAGAUAGCGUCUAUUUCUCCAAUGGUCGUGGACCAGCACGGGAUUUCUGGAGCGUGAAAGCGGAGUGGCCUGCUUGCGUUGAGGGCGGAGGGAAGAUUAGGAAUUUGGUUAUUGACGAGGCGACGUUGGAGAGGGGGGAUUUUUUGAAGUUUGGCGAGGAGGUGUUGGGGUUGGAGAGCGUGACUGUUUUGUUGAUGCCGUGGAGUAGUAUUGGGAAGGCGGGUGGUGGAGGGGAGUUGGUUAGGACUUUUGGGGGAGCGGAAAUUGGAGAGGAGGAGGUGGUGAGAGGGAAUGAUAGGGAUUGGGGGUUGAAGGAGUUGAGGAGGGAGUUCUUGGGGUGGUUGGAGGAGAAGAGAGUUGAGCUGGGAAGGGAGAAGAAGCCGGUUGUGAAGGUUGCGCAGUGGGGUGCUUGUUUGAGAGGUGGUGAUGAGGAGGGAUUUACGAAUGGCGGAGGACAGUGGAAGUUAGUUGAGACGGGGCUUUGGGUUCAUUGGGAGUAUAAUGGGAAUGCUGAGUGA